ACCUGCAUCCUUCCCCUAUGUCCUAAAUUAAAGCUAUAUAAGAGUGCCACCAAGGGAUCUCCCAGAGGAGCCUCCAGGGACGCCUCAUUCAUCAGACAGCCUAACUGGAAAAGCUUAAAGAGACAUUAUCAACAUGCCCACCCCCACCAUGAUCAUAUCUGACACUCGGACAUCAGAAAAAGGAAAAAAAUCCAAAACUGGAAACAAACCCACAGAGAAGAUACCAUCAUAUGAGCCAAAUAUUCCUGAACCGACAUGCAGAGCUGAUCUCAUCAAACACUGGUUUAACCUUUCCCUGGAUGACAAAACAGCAAAUAAGAUGCUUUGGAUCACAGAGGGCGGGACAAAGGUGGCCCGAAUGACGGAUGAGGUCACUUGUCCUGUCUUGGAUAGACCAGAGCGAUACGAGUACGCACCACAGGUUCUCUGCAACGAAGGCAUCCUGGGCUUCAGAGGCUACUGGGAGGCCGAGUACACAGGAUGGGUGGUGAUUGGGGUGGCGUACGAGCGAGCAGGGAGGAGGAACAGCCAAGGAGCCUGCGGCCUGGGUGAAAACGAGGAGUCCUGGGGUCUGGGCUGGAGCGGCUCGAGCUAUUAUGCCUGGCAUAACAGCCAGAGUGUAGAGAUCCCAGAUGUUUCAAAGUCCUCCACAAUUGGUGUUUACCUUGACCAGCCUACUGGUGUCCUAAAUUUCUACGCUGUGGAGGAGGUGAAGGAGGGAGAGGAGAGCACAGGGGGGAAGGAGGUUAAACUUUUGCAGCAGAUUAAGAGCACCUUUAAGGAGAAGAUGAUACCAGGUUUCUGGGUGGGGACACAGUCACACUGUUUGAUUGUAAAGCAGGAGGAAUAAAUUCUGACUAUACUUAUAUUUUCAUAUUAUAAGGUGAAACUAUCUGUUUCUAUAUUAUUAAAGCUAUCAUUGAG